CUUCAGCUGCUGCACAGCGCUCGCUCGCACAAACUAACAUACACACAGGGGAAAAAGACAGAAGAUGGCUGACUGUAUUGAGCAUCAGGAACCUCCUUUGGCAUCACCAGCUUCACCUAGGCUAUCCCCGCGAAUGACAGCUCCUGUGUUUCACCUGUAGAAAAAACAAACCGCUCUAGCCCAUUUCGGGCAGUGUCUAUCGCAAAUAUUGACAGCAGUGAUAGAAAACAUGGCAGAGAUAGAGAAAGAAGGAAGACCCCCUGAAAAUAAAAGAAGCAGAAAACCGGCUCACCCGGUGAAAAGAGAAAUAAACGAUGAAAUGAAGAGUUUCGCAGAGAACACUAUGAACGAGCUCCUUGGCUGGUACGGCUAUGAUAAGGUGGAAUUAAAAGAUGGGGAAGAUAUUGAGAUUAACAGCUACCCCGACGGUGAGAGCCGGCAGCACGUCUCUGUUUUAAAAGAGAACUCCUUGUCAAAGCCGAAACCCUCUGAAGACAGAGGGAGCUCACCUACCAAUGCAAGCAGCAGUUACUCUGGAGCGGCCCUGGGGAACGGAAUGGCAGAGUCUUCUUCCUCUUCCUCUUCCUCUUCCUCCUCCUCCUCGUCAUCAUCAUCCGGGUUAAAGGAUCAUGGGAAUAUGCCCAUUAUUGUUCCAUUGAUUCCUCCACCCUAUAUCAAACCACCAGCAGAGGACGAUGUAUCAAAUGUUCAGAUUAUGUGUGCCUGGUGCCAGAAAGUGGGAAUCAAGCGCUACUCCCUGAGCAUGGGCAGCGACAUGAAAAGCUUCUGCAGUGAGAAGUGUUUCGCUGCGUGCCGGAGAGCCUACUUUAAACGCAACAAGGCUAGAGACGAAGAUGGGCAUGGUGACACAUUUCCCCAGCAGCACUAUUCUAAGGAAACGCCAAGGCUUGUCUUCAAGAUUAACAACGAUGUACUUGUGUGCGACUGGUGCAAACAUAUAAGACACACAAAAGAAUACUUGGAUUUCGGAGCUGGGGAAAGGAGACUUCAAUUCUGUAGUGCCAAAUGUCUCAACCAGUACAAAAUGGACAUUUUCUACAAAGAGACCCAGGCCAACCUACCAACUGGCCUCUGCAACCCAGGGCACCCUCUGACUGAGAGUAAACCAGAGAGCAGCAGCAUGCAGCUCCUGACACCCGAGUCCUGGAACACUCCUCUGGGUGACCUGCGACGAAAAGCUCCAUCUCCUGGGGUUCCGAUGGCCGGGCACAAUCAAGCUCCUGGGCAGUCAGGGUCCACGUCUCCAUCAGAGUCUGCUGCUGUCUAUUCCUCUGCCAAAAUCUCCACACCAGGGCCCAGGACACACGAGAGCCCAACCCUUCCCCCGCCGGUACCUCUCCCAUCCCCGCAUAUGGUGGUCCCACCUGGAAGUCCGCACAUGGUGAUGACCAACCGUGGACCUGUGCCGCUGCCUUUCUUUAUGGAACACCAGAUGAUGCAGCAGUUGCGUCCGCCUUUCCUCCGAGCGCCCCACACUCCCAGCCCAAAUAGUCCGCUUUCCAAUCCCAUCCUUCCUGGGAUUGGUCCACCACCACCUCCUAGGAAUAUGGCUCCAGUCUCGAGUCCCAUGCACAGGCCAAUGCUUUCCCCACAUAUACACCCACCAUCCACCCCAACUAUGCAUGGCAACCCUCCAGGGUUGAUGCCACACCAUCUCGGAGCCCCUAUGCCGGGCUUACACUUCCCUCCAAUCAACAUGAUGCCAAACGGCCACAUGCCAAUGCCACAGAUGAUGAACUUUAGUGUGCCAUCACUUGCCCCAUUGGUGCCACCUCCCACUCUCCUGGUGCCAUAUCCGGUCAUUGUUCCUCUCCCAGUCCCCAUCCCUAUUCCCAUCCCCAUUCCCUUUAACUCCAAGGCCCCAAGUGGUUCACCUGGCAAUAGCAAGAAAAUCAUUCUGCGCACCUCCUCUGAAGGAGAUGAGUCCAAGGAAACACAGCCUUUCUCUCCUGCCAGCAUCGAUGAUGGAGAGACCAAACAAGGGCCAACAAAAUCCAUUGAACUUUCUCCAGGCUUUAACCCAGGCCACUCCACCCUACCUGAACGGAGCAGGGCUGAGGUGGUUGAUUGCACGGUCAUAUCAGAGAGCCCAGUGAAAGCAGUGUUCUGCCCAAUGAACUCAUCUACUGUCCUGCAUGAUGGUGUCAUAGACCUGACAAUGGGCCGCCGAUCCAGACUCCAGCAUGUAAUCCACAGGGCAGUGUCAGUUGCACAGGUGAAAGUGGAACACGAACCCCAGAGCAUCCUCAGCCUUGCUUUCCCGGGCCAGGACAAGAGGAACUGCAGCGGGGGUCACAACAAUUGCAGAGACAGUUGCAGUCCUGUUAACCCCGUGGCUUUGCCCUGCAGUGAUCCUGUGCACUGUGGGGACGCACCCCCACAAACAAAGCAGCAACAGCAGCUGGUUUAUAGCAGUUCAGGGCUGGAGCCCAGUCCAACAGCCACUUGCAACGUUAUCGUGAAUGGCACAAAGACUGCAGAUGUUGCCGGUAAGAGCAGCUCCCUCGAGCAGCGGCCAGAACCCCGAAAGACGUCACCGCACCCGGACGAGCCGGCGGUCAGUGAGCUGGAGUCGGUGAAGGAGAACAACUGCACGGGGGCCGCCAGCUUUCAGCUAGAGCUGGACACAGGUAAGAAGGCUUCGUCAGACGAGGCGCUGGCCGGCGGGGACAAGCAGGACCCCAACCUGAACAACCCCGCCGACGAGGACCAUGCCUACGCCCUGCGCAUGCUGCCCAAGGCCGGCUGUGUCAUCCAGCCUGUGCCAAAGCCGGCAGAAAAGACUGCCUUAGCGCCCUGCAUCAUUCCCACGCCCUUUCUCAGUGCAGGAACUGAGGACAUUGAGCCGCCACUAAAAAGGAGGUGUCUACGAAUUCGAAAUCAAAACAAAUGAAAAAGGAGUGAAGAGUGACGGCGUUCGAUUGAAGGACGAGCACUGAUCCGCUGUGUCUCUUUGCAGACAGAACCAACUGCCCUCACUCCCUCCCUCGAGCCGCAGUCAAACUGGUCGACCGACUUCCUGCUGCAUCGCCUCGUACUGGACAGGGACAGUAAUCAAAGACCUCUGGAUUCAGACGACAAACGUGUGGAAGCACUCCCCCCCGAGGAACCCCACGUUUGUGCAGUGACGUCAACGACACCCACCACCAGAGUAGGCUGAACAGGCCUUUGUCAAACCAACUCUGAGGACAUUCCUAUUUCCAUCCCUUUCUUUCUGUUCCUGCUCUAUUUUCCCCGUUGUCCCUCCACAACUCGUGUUAGUUUUACACCAAUAGAGGUACUUUUUUCCUUCGAUUCUUUUGAAGCUCUAAAUUAAAUUACAAUUGGAGGCAGGGGGUAAGACUUCUUGUGCUGUCGUUUUAGCUGCUAAACCUUCUGAUCAGCACUCAUUAUAACCCACACUACAGCUACUGAACUUGUAUUUAAUCAUAUCAAGGGUUAUAUUUAGCCGUUAAUGGUCAAACAAAACUACCAUGGAUGUACUUUUUCAACAAAGCCUGUACAUUAUUCUGUUAAAUAGUCUCUUAUCUGAUUAGAAAGACCGGUUUGGUUAAUUUUUUUAUUUCAAUGGCAUAUCUCCAGUGUUACACUUUUACAUUUUUUUUUUUUUUUUUUUGUAAUUUUAAUGUGACUCUUUUAAGAUGGAGCUUGUACAGUUUAUACUGCAGUGGUGUUGUGAAAAGUGUGUGCCAAAAGAACUUGGUAAAUGUUGAUUCUCCUCAAAUUCCCCUUGCCACUCCUCGCCAACCCUCCAACACUUUGUGAAUAGAGCAGUAGUUUUGAACUGAAGACCAAAACUCCUACAAGGUGUAAAACUAUCCGAGGGCACUAUGCUGGGUGUCACAAAAAAAAUAAAAUAAAUACAGAACUUCUUGAAUUUCAA